AUGGAACAGUUUGAUGUUGUGGUUGUUGGCGCAGGAUGGUAUGGCUUGAUUGCCGCGCGGACUUACCUGGAGCUCGUUCCUGGUACUCGUCUGCUUAUUGUUGACGAUAGUUUGUCAAUCGGAGGGGCAUGGAGUAGGGAGAGAGUAUACCCUAAUCUAUAUGCGCAAAUCAGCCAUCCGCUGUUCGAGUAUUCCUUCUACCCCAUGAAAAAAGAAGGUAUUUCCGGUGAUGGUUUUAUUUCGGGAGCGACCAUACAUAAAUAUUUGGCCAAUUUCGCAAAAGAUCAUGAUCUGGUUCCUCGAAUCCGCCUUGAAACCAGAGUCAAUCAGGUUAAGAGAAAUUCAAAUGGAUGCGGCUGGGUUUUAGAAACUAGCGGAGGCCAGCUUGAAUGCAACAAGCUAAUCUAUGCUACUGGUGCAAACUCCAGCCCAAUUAUACCUUCAUGGCCACGGAGCCGCUUUGAGAAGCCUGUUAUCCAUACAUGGCAAAUUGGCCAGUAUCUUGGUCAUAUCGAAGAGUAUGUUCAGCGAGCAUCCGUCGUUGGCGCCUCGAAAUCUGCGUACGACACGGUAUUCCACCUCCUCAACGCCGGCAAAAAAGUGGACUGGAUCAUCCGGGAUGGCCCCUCUGGUCCAUUCUCAAUUUACGCUCCUACGUUUAUGGGACUCUGGAACAUAGUUGAUCACAUUUCGACUCGAAUGGCAGCAAAUUUUAGUCCGAGCAUUAUGAACACUUCGGGUUUCUGGUACUAUUUCCUUCAGCGCACCAUUGCGGGUAGGGGGAUCAUCAAUGUAUAUUGGCGGAUUGCGACAUAUCUAUCAGCGCGACAUGCUGAUUACUCCAAAAGUGAGCAUACUCAAGGUCUUCGGGCGCAGCCAAAACAAGACGGACUUUUUUGGGGUAGUGGCGGAAUCGGUAUCGCGACUGUUCCUAACUUUUGGAAGGUGAUGCAUGCUGGUGACGUGACAAUACACCGCUCAGAGAUAGAGUCCCUCUCGCACAAGGACGUUGUCAACCUGAAGAACGGGUAUUCGGUUCCCGCUGACAUGGUUAUUCUCUGCACUGGCUUCAACAAAGGCUACGACACAUUCAGCAAGGAACUUCAACAAGAAUUGGAACUGUUGUACGACAACGACAAGCCUUCCAGAUGGGCCACUCUUGAUGCGCAGGGGGAAGAGAUAGUGAACAGACUCCUGCCUUAUCUCCGAAGGGACCCAUUGGCUUCAAAUACAACUUCUAGGAAGAGAGAUCAAGGUCCAAACAGACAUUAUCGUCGACUGGUGGUUCCGCAACUGGCAGCACAGGGCGACCGGACGAUCCUCUUCCCGGGUCACAUUCACUCGGCCUUCACGCCACUCGCUGCAGAAUUACAGGCUCUCUGGGGAGUUGCUUUCCUCGAGGGCUGGCUGGAGUUGCCUAGCCAAAAAGAGAUGGAACUUGAAGCUGCUACGUUUAAUGCUUGGACUCGUAAACGGUAUCUUGAACAAGGGAGAAAACACUCUUACUUCAUCUACGAUUACCUCUCGUAUAUCGAUACGCUAAUGAGGGAUCUCGGGCUCAAUCCUCAUCGAAAGAGCAACAUGUUCGCGGAGAUGUUCGUACCGUAUAAGCCCCGCGAUUAUCGUGGUUUGAUAGACGAGUAUUUAUCAGCUCGAGCCAAGGCAGGCCGUGCCAGCUAGAGAGUAAAGCAACAUGUUAGACGUUUCAAUGUUAUAAUAUGCGGCGGUUAAAAUAGGAAAUCGUCCCUAUCCUUUCAUAUCUUCCUUCGCCAUGAUCAUCCUCAUAACAUCAGUUUACCAAUUGGCAUCAUGACCGCCUGUACAGAGUACACAGAAAUAAUCGCGGUGCCUAUUAUGGUUCCACACAGCCACCGAUUUGAAUUCACGCCACGGAUGGGUUUUGCAGGAUCCGCGUACUAACGGCAAGUUUUGUUUACAGAGGCAACAUGUACGGAGCGCGGAUGGAUAGCAAUCCUUUCCUUGCCAACGCGCUUGCGUGUCUGAUGUAUUUGUCUAGUUGCCAAGCCGGCCCAGUCAAAGGCGAGCACAGCUUGUGUAACGGUGAUAUGCAAGCUCGAUGUGAACUAGCCGGAGUACUCCGUGGAUGUACACUAUCUACGCCGCUCAAUAACUUACCAAAGCUGUGUAUUGGGGGUUGUUCUCAAAGAAACAAUGCAGUUCAUAUGCUCUGGAGCCAUUCCUGGGGUUCAGAUUGAAAGAGGCUGCUGUUGGUGGUAA